GCCAGAGCCCACCGCGGCGGAGCGGCGCCACUUCUUUGAGAAACAGAAGGGCGAGCACAGCCGGUGUCUUUGGCGAGCGCAGAGGACCGAGGCCAGCGCGCCAGCUCAGCCCCGGAGUCCAGGCGUCCAGGGAAGCCUGCCCAGACUCUGGCCGGAGCCCGGAGCCGCACUGCACACUCCAAGGAGCCCUCUGUCCACCACGCCGGGGCUGCUGCUCGGCCUGCAGGGACUGCAGGCCCCAGCCCACCACGCCAGCCCCGCCCCAGGCCUUUUCUAGACCCAUGAGCUCCUCCCUGGCGCCAGCUCUCCGUCGCCGGCCACGCCUGGGUUAGGCCGGCUUCUGGACAGCAGGGCCUCCGGGCCCCUCUGACCAUGGAGCACCCUGAGCCCGGGGCCGGCGGUGGAACCGGGACCGCAGGCCUGGGGAGCCCUGACCACCGGGACACUCUGUCAGAACUGGACAAACUGCCUCAAGACACGGGCCGUGGAGAGGCUGCCGGGGCCAGCGAACAGGACCCCGUAGGACCCGCUUCGCUGCCUGCCCAGAGCCAGGGUGACCUCCAGCCUCUGCCGCCCGAUGGUCCCGCCAGCGGGGCCGGGCACCCCAACCAGGCUGCCCCUGAGGAGCCGGUGGGGCCCGAGGGGGCGAGCCCCAGGCCCCAGGAGGCCCCCCAGUCCCCCAGGGCCCGGCAGCCCGAGCAAGAUUUCUACUGUGUCAAGUGGAUCUCCUGGAAGGGCCAGCAGACGCCCAUCAUCCUGCAGAACGCCAACGGCCCCUGCCCACUGCUCGCCAUCAUCAACAUCCUCCUCCUGCAGUGGAAGGUGAAGCUGCCCCCCCAGAAGGAGGUCAUCACGUCGGAGGAGCUCAUGGCCCAUCUUGGGGACCGCCUCCUGAGCAUCAGGCCACAGGAGAAGGCCGAGGGGCUUCAGCUCAACUUCCAGCAGAACGUGGACGACGCGAUGACCGUGCUGCCCAAACUGGCCACGGGCCUGGACGUCAAUGUGAGGUUCACGGGCGUCUCGGACUUCGAGUACACGCCCGAGUGCAGCAUCUUCGACUUGCUGGGCACCCCCCUGUACCACGGCUGGCUGGUCGACCCCCAGAGCCCCGAGGCGGCGGCCGCAGUGGGGAAACUGAGCUACAACCAGCUGGUGGAGAAGAUCAUCGCCUGCAAGCACUCCAGCGACACCGGCCUGGUGACGGAAGGCCUGAUCGCCGAGCAGUUCCUGGAGACCACGGCGGCCCAGCUCACCUACCACGGCCUGUGCGAGCUGACGGCGGCCGCCAAGGAGGGGGAGCUCAGUGUCUUCUUCCGAAACAACCACUUCAGCACCAUGACCAAGCACAAGAGCCACCUGUACCUGCUGGUCACGGACCAGGGCUUCCUGCAGGAGGGGCAGGUGGUGUGGGAAAGCCUGCACAGCGUGGACGGGGACAGCUGCUUCUGCGACUCCGACUUCCGCCUCAGCCACUGCCCGGGCCCGGACGGCGCGGCCGGCCCCGCCGAGCGGCAGCGGCAGGCAGAGCAGGACUACCUGGCGGCCUUGUCCCUGCAGCCGCAGGGCGCCUCGGGCCUCAGUGACCUGGAGCUGGCCCGGCAGCUUCAGCAGGAGGAGUACCAGCCCGCCGGCCGGCCGGGCCCGCGGAGCGCACACCCGCGGACAGAGCGUCUUUGUGGGUCCCUCCAGGGGAGAGGAGCCCCAGCUGGACGCCCCGCGGGGGAGCGGCGGCAGAGGCCGAAGCAAGAGUCGGACUGUGUCCUCCUGUAGCCGGCCAGCGCCGGCCUCGGCCUCUCCCGCAGCGGCUGCAGCUGCCUGGCUUGCGCCCAGCUCCGCCCUGAGAGCCACAGGGUAACUCGUAUGUGAACCGCUGGGCACGCGGAAGGCGGCAAAUGCCAAGGCCAGACCCGGGGCGUCCUCGCCUGGCAUGCUGCUGCGGCCCCCAGCGCGCCGGGCGUGGGAUUCCCUCCCGGCCCUCGCCCGAGCAGCCGGACAGCAGGCUGGGCCAGCUGGGCCACGGCCCGCCCACCCACCAGCCGCAUUCCAGCCCAGCUCGGGGCUCCUGCCCAGGGUUGGGCUGGGUCUCUAGCCCCAUUAUCUGUAAUGCUCCCUAGGGAUUUGGAAAUAAAACUUUUCUGAGA